AUGUCUGCUACCAACGUGGAGAAGGCUACUGAUGCCGCCGUCAAUGACGUUGCCAACACUCUGAGCAACACCUCUAUCAAUGACAAAGCCGCCGCCAACGAGGCCGCCUCUGCCUCCGCCGCAGAGGGUCGUCGUCUUUACAUUGGCAACCUGGCCUACCCGACAACUGAGGAGGAGUUGAAGGACUUUUUCAAGAACUAUCUUGUCGAGUCUGUCUCAAUCCCCAAGAACCCUCGCACCGAGCGUCCCGUCGGCUACGCUUUCGUCGACCUCUCGACCUCGGCCGAGGCUGAGCGUGCCAUCGAGGAACUCUCCGGCAAGGAGAUCCUUGAGCGCAAGGUCUCUGUCCAGCUCGCCCGCAAGCCCGAGCCCGCUGGCGAGAAGGCUGAAGUGACCAACGGCGAAGGUGCCGGUACUGAGGGCGGUCGCCGCCGUACUGCUGGCCGUGGCCGUGGCCGUGGUGGCCGCGGCGCCCGAGGCGGUCGUGCCCGCACUGGCCGUGGUGCCGAGGGUGAGGAGAAGAAGGAAGGCGAGACUGAAACUAUUGAGGUCGCCGCUGCUCCCGCUCCUGCUGCCGACGCGGAUGCCGCCACCACUGAGGUUCAGCCACUUAAAGACAUUACCAACAAGAAACCAACUGACACGACAAACAAGGCUUCCAAGAAAGAGCCUCGCGCGCCUCGUGAGCCUCGCGAGCCUCGUGAGCCUCGCGAGCGCCGUGAGCGUGGCCCCCCGGCCGAUGGCAUCGCUUCCAAGACCAAGGUCAUGGUCGCUAACCUGCCCUACGACCUGACUGAGGACAAGCUUAUCGAGCUCUUCAAGGCCUUCGAGCCUUCCUCUGCCAAGAUUGCUCUGCGCCCCAUCCCCCGCUUCAUGAUCAAGAAGCUGCAGGCUCGUGGUGAGGCUCGCAAGGGUCGUGGCUUCGGUUUCGUCACCCUGGCUACUGAGGAGCUGCAGCAGAAGGCUGUCAGUGAGAUGAACGGCAAGGAGAUUGAGGGCCGUGAGAUUGCCGUCAAGGUUGCUAUCGACAGCCCUGACAAGACUGAUGAGGAGGCCAACGCUCCCGAGGGUGAGGCCGCCGGUAAGGAGGCCACUGUCACCGAGGCUCCUGUCGCCACUGUCGCCGUCUAA